ACCAUUUAACCUGGCAGAGCGGAAGACUAAUUCCCAUUCAGUAGUAGAAUGUGAUCAUGCUCGGAAAGAAGUGAGUGUACGAACUGGAGGGCUGGCAGACAAGAGCUCCAGGAAAACGUACACUUUUGAUAUGGUUUUUGGAGCAUCUACUAAACAAAUUGAUGUUUAUCGAAGUGUUGUUUGUCCGAUUCUGGAUGAAGUUAUUAUGGGCUACAAUUGCACUGUCUUUGCAUAUGGCCAAACUGGCACUGGGAAAACCUUUACAAUGGAAGGUGAAAGGUCACCUAAUGAAGCGUAUACCUGGGAGGAGGAUCCUUUGGCUGGUAUAAUUCCACGUACUCUUCAUCAGAUUUUUGAGAAACUUACUGAUAGUGGUACUGAAUUUUCAGUCAAAGUAUCUCUGUUGGAAAUCUAUAACGAAGAACUUUUUGAUCUCCUUAAUCCAUCUUCUGAUGUUUCUGAGAGACUACAGAUGUUUGAUGAUCCUCGUAACAAGAGGGGAGUGAUAAUCAAAGGUUUAGAAGAAAUUACAGUACACAAUAAGGAUGAAGUCUAUCAAAUUUUGGAGAAGGGAGCAGCAAAAAGGACAACUGCAGCAACUUUGAUGAAUGCGUACUCUAGUCGUUCCCACUCAGUUUUUUCUGUUACAAUACAUAUGAAAGAGACCACAAUUGAUGGAGAAGAGCUUGUUAAAAUUGGAAAGUUGAACUUGGUUGAUCUUGCAGGAAGUGAAAACAUUGGCCGUUCUGGAGCUGUUGAUAAGAGGGCGCGGGAAGCUGGAAAUAUCAAUCAAUCCCUGUUGACUUUGGGAAGGGUCAUUACUGCUCUUGUGGAAAGAACACCUCACGUUCCUUAUCGAGAGUCUAAACUAACUAGAAUCCUCCAAGAUUCUCUUGGGGGUCGUACAAAAACAUCUAUAAUUGCAACAAUUUCUCCUGCAUCUUCCAAUCUUGAG